CGAACUCCGUUGAGGCAGAGCAUCACUGUAUGCCAGGUUAUUUCUUUAGACUGAGCUGGUCGCCAUCCAGUCGAUGUAGCGACAUGGCUUAAGAAGAGCUAUGCUACCGAGAUUGAGGGUGUCGGAGCCGAGCGGUGACUCUCGGAGCCACGCCCAGUCCUUCCCCCCAGGGUCGCCGCCCCAACCCCGGCGGCGGAGAUGGCGGAGGCGCCUGCGCCCUGCCGUCGCAGAACCACUGGUGGUUCACAACUUGGCUCCGAAGAUGGCGGAGCAAGCCGGGCCCAGCCUGGGCGGCGGCAGCAGCACGUCUCAGCGGGAUCUACGCAAAAGCCUUGCAUCUGUGGCUCAAGAAAUUACAGAACGGCGAUACAAACAUGGUGUUAACUUCUCUGCAGCUCCAAAGAAAAUAACGACAUAUACACAUGUCAUUGAUGGUUCUGUUAUUAAAAAUGAUAUCAAACAACUAUUAGCAAAGGAACGCAGAGAAGAAAGAAAAAGACAGCAAGAAGCCAAUAAAGAAAAACAACUGCUGGAAAAAGAAAGAAGGGCCAAGCUGCAAUAUGAAAAAUAUUUGGAAGAAAAACAGCAAAAAAUUAAAGAACAAAAGGAAAAAGACGAGCAAAGGAGAAUAUCUGUGGAAGAAAAAAGAAAACAGAAGCUAGCUGAUGAUAAGGAAAAAUUUAAAGCUAUUGUAUCUCGUACUAUGGAGCGAUGUAACCGUGUUGAUCAAAGGCAAAGGAGAUGGUCAUGGGAGGAUUCUAUGGUGAAGCCCGAAAGCAAAUCUGGAAAAACAGAAAGUAGAAGAAGUUCAUCAUUGAAUAGAAGAAAGAACAAAGCACAUUCCAGUCUGGACCCAGAUCAAAUGGGCAACACAUCUGGAGUCCCUCGACAUGUGUUCCGAUAUGUUAGUGUGCCAAUGUUUACUGAUGAUGAAUUGAAGGCCGCUAUGAUGUUACAUAAAACAACAGUGAAAAGGCUUGUUACAGCAAAAUUAGAAAUAACUGAACCAAAGACUGUAGAAACACCCCUCAAGAAAGAUGUAGCGGUACAAACCAAUGUGAAUAUGAAUGUACCACCUAAAGUGGAUGUAAAAGUCCUGUCCCCAGCAAAUGUGCAAGUACCCUCAGAGGGGAACAUAGAAGACACCCCUGAAGUUAAUGUACAAGUUUUCCCCAAGGUGAACAUUGAGGUACCAACUGAGGUGAACAUAAAAGGGUACUCUAUGUCUCCUAGUAACAAAUUGUCCCCAGUUGCCAGCAUGGAUUUAUCUCCCAGUACAAAUGUUGGAUCAUCCUCCUUAAUGAGUGUGAACAUUUCCCCUAUAGUCAGCAUGGACACCUCACCGGAUACAAGUAUAGAUGGCUCAUUGGAUUCCAUUAAGGAAUCAAAAAUUAUGGAGGAGCUCCCAGUAAGAAACAUAGAAACAUCUCUGGCGUCAAUUACAGAAGCAUCCUCAGAGCCUAGUGAUAAAACCCCGGAUGUGAAUGGAGACACGACACUCCAGAAUUCAAAAAUGGGCAAACACACCUCAACCCUUAUGGCAAAGAAAAAACUACAAUCCAAUAUAUCAUGUUAUAGAUGGCUAUCAUCUACAUCAACUGGGUGGCAUCCACCUCCUAUGAAAACUAUCACUGAAAGGGAAAAGAGCCAACCUCUAUCAGCUUUACCAGGCACAUCAAAAUUAUCAUCACAGAUUUCUGUGCCGUAUAAAAGAAAAACUAUUCAGGAUGUUCUUUAUGUGCCAAAUGUGGAAGAUGUUGCUAAAAAGAUGAAACAAAUACUUUCUAAAGUCAAAGAAAAUCAGACUUUAAGCCCAACACACAUGACUGGUAGAGAAUCUGACAAGAAAUUUAUGCCAAAAGCCACAAAAUUUUCGUUAGCAAGGCCGCAUCCUCCUCAUGAACAAAGAGACAAAGAGGAAAAAAAGGAUUGCCAGAAAGAAAAAAAACCGAGCAAUGAAGAAGCUGUGACAGAAAAACCAAUUGAAGGCCGAACCAAAGAAUUCCCAACAUGCAAACAUGAGCUGCUAGGACAAGAUCUCACCACAACUAGUGGUUGUGUGAAGCCAGAGGAACUAGAACAACAGGAAGUUGAAGAAAUAAUGAAGAAGACAAGAAAAACAGUUGUGAAUGCCUCAAAGUCUACAGAAACAUCUGCAAAGGACAUAUCUAAAGAGGAUGGGUCUGAAAGUGAAGAAAAAACAGAAAGCGAUGAGGACUCUUCCAGUGACAUAUUUAUAUCAGAUAUUAAAACUUUAUCUACCAAACUCAAAACAUCUACAAAGGCUGUGAGAAAGCCUCAAGAGCUGGUGUUUUUGCAAGCCAAAACUGGGGAAGUUGAUUUAGGAAAAAAAAUCUAUUUUAAUGGCAAUGUGAAAGUUCAUAGACAAAAAGAUCCAAAAGCAAAAGAUUCCAGGAAAUCUACAAAAAAGAAGUACACCCGUACGAUGAGAAACAGAAAAACAAAGGGAGACAGCAACACCGUCCAAUACACCAAGAGUGAUAGUGCAGUUCAGUGGUUGAGUUCAAGCAGAAUUAGUGACUCGGAUCAAGACAUAAGACCACCUGCUGCUAUCAACACUCCUAAUAAUAGCAGCAAACAUGAAGUGAAGUCUAUUGUGACAUCUCUUCAGGGUCCUGAGGCACCUUCAGACCAGAAGAAACAAAGCAAUCCUACAGCUCCUUUGAGCAAGACCUGUCCACAGCGUUGCUCUAUUCCAAAGCCAUCUGACAUUAAUGCUCUCACUGCUUCCAGAAGUGACUUUGGAAGACAGGAGGAAGGAGAUCAGAAUUAAGUAUACAACUUCAUGGGGCCUGAAAGAUGAUCAAUCCAUCCUCCAUUCUGUUAAAACUCCCAAGCCCAUAGCACAAGAAUUUCUGUCUCAUAUUGAACCUGGCAAAAGAAAUAACUAUUAAAAAAAGGAAAACAAAUAAAAAAAAUCACAACUGAAGGUUAUAUACAACAGAAGCUAUUUAUAUCACCUUCUUGAGUGACAGUUCUAAGUAAAGCGAUUUUUGGUUUCUUUGAAAAAUCUUCCAUUAUGACUCUUGUGUUUUGUACUAAUGCAUGGGUUAUCAGUGUGUUCAUCAAGAAUGCUUCCAUUAGAUAAUGCUGAGUCUCUCAAAGAGGAUUUUUCUCUUUAAGCAUGCAUUUGAAAUAUUCAAAUAAUAAUUAUUUGGUUUAAAGUGACAUAAUUUAACAAUUAAAAACUCAAUUUCAUCUUGCAGAGAAUAUAAUAAAUUAUGCAAGGGGCUCAGAAAAAUCACAAAGUUGUUUCAUAUUGUAUCUAAUGUAUAAAUAUCAAACGUUAACUAAAAUUUUACCAUGUCAUAUGUAUAUUUGUAAUUCACCUUUUGCCAGUGUUCAGUAGUGAUUCUUCCAAAUGCCAAAUACAACCUUGGAACCACCAACAUUGUUUACAUUCACUUGUUGUACUUGUUGGGCAGAACUUGAAAAAAAAACCUUGAUUAUUCCUAUUGUGUUUAUAAAGCAGUGCUUGCCUAUUUUCUUAUGA